AUGCUGCUGGUGCAAGCCGCAUGUUUUCUUUUAGCCAGGAGUUUCUCUCGCGCAAACAUGGCUCAGCGCAAAUUUGUUGAUAUCGGCGUUAAUCUGACCGAUCCGAUGUUCCGAGGAGUGUAUCGAGGGAAGCAGAAGCACGACGAUGAUUUUGACCAGGUCGUGGACAGAGCGGUCAGUGUGGGAGUGGAGAAGUUCAUGAUUACAGGAGGGAGUCUAGACGACAGCAAAGAGGCCAUCAAACUUGCCCACACCAGAGAUGAGUUCUACUGCACGGUCGGCUGCCACCCCACACGCUGCUCGGAGUUUGACCAGAACGGACCGUCUCAGUACCUGAAGGACCUGGGCCAGCUGGUGGCAGUGAACAGAGGGAAGGUGGUCGCCAUCGGAGAGUGUGGAUUAGAUUAUGAUCGCCUGGAAUUUUGCCCCAAAGAAACUCAACUCAAAUUCUUUGAGAAACAGUUGGACCUGGCUGAGGAGAGCAAGCUGCCCUUGUUCCUGCACUGCAGAAGCUCUCACCAGGACUUCACAGACAUCAUGAGGAGGAAUCGGGAUCGAUGCGUCGGAGGAGUGGUCCACUCUUUUGAUGGCAGUCCGGAGGAGGCAGCGGCUCUCAUCGACUUAGACCUGUACAUUGGAAUCAACGGCUGUUCUCUGAAGACCGAAGCAAACAUCGAGGCGAUGAAAUCUAUUCCAACAGAGCGCCUCAUGAUCGAGACAGAUGCUCCGUGGUGCGGCGUGAAAAACACUCACGCCGGAAGCAAACACGUGAAGACCGUGUUCCCCACCAAGAAGAAGUGGGAGUCUGGUCACUGCCUGAAGGACCGGAACGAGCCGUGUCACAUUGUGCAGGUUCUGGAGGUGAUGGCAGCUGCGAGGGAGGAGGACCCAGUGGAACUCGCUCGAGUCAUCUACAGCAACACCUGCAGAGUCUUCUUCAGUUGAUGAGCUUUAUCUAGUCCUCACCAGGCUCUCUCACCCGAGGCAGCUGACGGCCAGGAGGUUCACUCCAGGUCCUCAUUCGUCAUCAGAAAGUCCACCUGCUGUGAUCUGGCAGCGACAUGGUCCAACAUUCUUCAGAUCUUGGUUGGGCUCCAGCCGCAGCUGAUCCAGAACUGGAGCGAAAACGCUCAUGAACAAUGACGUUGAACUACAAAAACUCAAUGGAUUUUGUGCAUAUAAACAGAUAAAUGCACAGUGUAGCGUUGCAUCACUCAUUUCUCACAGUUAAAAAUGUCUUUUAAACCAGUAAAAACUUUUGUAAAUGUGCAACCACAAUUUAAGUAACAUAAAGUAGCGGUUGGUGAAACUCCUGUUCAGCAGAUCCAUUUAUCUUCAUGCGACUAUAUUUUAACUUGUAUCAUUUAGCAACGUAAUCUCCGCCCUCAAUUUGAUAACUGUUUAUAAUUUAAACUAUAGUAUAAAUCUAUUCCCAUAAUUCCUGCUGUUGACCUGAACGGAAGGUUAUCGAUUAUUUUUUUUAUGUAAAUGUUGGUGGUGCUCGAUA